CCAACCUGGUCUAGCUCAUACCACCUUUCUGAUAAUGUUCAAAGCUCAUUCAAGUUAGCUUCUACCAAAUUUUUGUGGUGCACGUUUUGUGCAUUAUUAUUACAUUACUACUCAUAUACUAUUAGAGUUUCAAGCAUUUCAUCUUAUAUUAGGCAAUCUUUCAGUAAAAACCAACUACUUUUCUUCUCAUUUGCUCAAUUAGAUCUCUGUGAAAUAGUGGCCAAUGCACCAUUAGCAUUCUCAUUCCCUUCUGAAAUGUACUUGGAGUCGGAGCGCUCUGUGGUUCUCCGCUGAAGCUGGAGUUGAACUCAGCACUUCAAUUCGAGGUGUAUUGAGGGAAAAAAACUGUUGGUGGCAUAUCUGAGCUGUAGGAAUGUAUUCUAUAAUGGAUGGACUGACAAUUCAUCGGAAGCUUCAAUCGAUCAACUCUCAGCCUUCCAAUUUAACGAGUAUUACCUAUGACGAUGAUUUGGUAGAAUGGUGCGUCACGCUAACUUUUCUAGUGCGCUUGAUUGCGUACAUUGCAAUUUUAACACUGCUUGUGAUUGUUGCAUUCAUGAUACUGAAAUACAUAAACGAAUACGAGGAGACGAGCGUAGAGGAUGUAGGAGACAAUGCUGAAACCGACCCAUUACAGCCGGCAGGAAAGACAAUGCCAUCAACAUAUGGGACAUGUGACGAGUGGGAUAUAGAAUCAGGAAAUUGCAGCAGCAGCAGUAGUAAUAGCAGCAAUGCCGUAAUUACGAGCUCCUCCGAGGACUUGCAUGAUGGGAAAAUAUGUGUGAUUUGCUACACCGAGCAGAGGGAUUGUUUUUUGGUUCCUUGUGGCCACUGUGCUACCUGCUAUGAUUGUGCACAAAGGAUUUUUUAUGGGGAGACCAAGACAUGUCCGAUAUGUCGAAGAUUCAUUCGGAAAGUAAGAAGAUUAUUUGCUGCGUAGAAUAGGAGAGUAAUUAACCUCUUUCGAAUUUCUAUUGAUUUUUUUCUUCUUCUUUUAUGUGAACAAACAUUGUACUCUUAUAGAGAUGACUAGUUAGACGCCCAAAUUUCUUCAUUUUUUUUUUGGACAAAUUGAGGGACAUAGACUGUCCCCCGGAUUGUAAAUUAAUUCAAAGAUGGAAAUAUAAUUUAUAUUUCUAUUUGUUAAUCUGAACUAUAUAU